AUGGAUGAUUUGAGUGAAUUUAAUAAAAGAAAAGGAUAUUCCCCCACAUCCUCCGAUCCCCUUUCCGCCGCCGCAUCGGCCUCUGCCUCGCUCAAGCACCGCCGCCCCGCGGGUGAGAACAUCCGCGACGAGGCCCGCUGCCACGCCUCGCCCCACGGCUUCUCUGCCAAGUACGUCCCCUUCAAUGCCGACCCAUUCUCCACCGACUCCUACUCCCUCAACGAGAUCGUCUACGAGCCAUCCCCGCGUCAUCUCCAGCUUUCCAACAUUGAGCGAUCACCAAAAUCCGAGGCUUUUCAUUCGUCGGAGGGAAAAUACUGGCGAACACAAAGUUGA